CUCCGCUCGUGUACGGACGUACAGAGCGAUUGCUCCAGAGAGUGUGAUUGCAAGAAAAGGAGUGAAGUGUGAAAAACGGCAGCCAUUUGUGGCAAGGACUGAAUCGGAAAAAAUUUAUUUUCCCAGCAAAAGUGUGAACUCUAGCCGGCUUAGUGGAAAAGCUUACUCAUUUUCGGUAAAUCCUACGAGUAACUGUGUGAACUAGCGCGCAGGGCCGGACCAGAUCUCAGUUAGUGUCGUUUUCGUUGAGUGAAGCAGCAGCAGCAGCAGAAUGGGUAAGGAGAAGAUUCAUAUUAACAUCGUCGUGAUCGGACACGUCGACUCCGGCAAGUCCACCACGACCGGUCAUCUGAUCUACAAGUGCGGCGGUAUCGACAAGCGUACCAUCGAGAAGUUCGAGAAGGAAGCCCAGGAGAUGGGCAAGGGCUCGUUCAAGUACGCCUGGGUCUUGGACAAGCUGAAGGCCGAACGUGAACGUGGUAUCACCAUCGAUAUCGCCCUGUGGAAGUUCGAAACCGCCAAGUACUACGUCACCAUCAUCGAUGCCCCUGGACAUCGUGAUUUCAUCAAGAACAUGAUCACCGGAACGUCGCAGGCUGAUUGUGCCGUGCUGAUCGUUGCCGCCGGUACUGGUGAGUUCGAGGCCGGUAUCUCCAAGAACGGUCAGACCCGCGAGCACGCCCUGCUGGCCUUCACCCUCGGUGUCAAGCAGCUGAUCGUCGGUGUCAACAAGAUGGACUCAACUGAACCUCCGUACCACGAGGCUCGCUUCGAGGAAAUCAAGAAGGAAGUCUCGUCCUACAUCAAGAAGAUCGGUUACAACCCGGCCUCGGUUGCGUUCGUUCCGAUCUCCGGCUGGCACGGCGACAACAUGCUCGAACCAUCCGACAAGAUGCCGUUCAAGGGAUGGGCCAUCGAGCGCAAGGAGGGCAAGGCUGAAGGCAAGUGCCUGAUUGAAGCCUUGGACAACAUUCUGCCUCCGUCGCGCCCGACCGACAAGGCUCUGCGUCUGCCGCUGCAGGACGUGUACAAAAUCGGUGGUAUUGGAACGGUCCCGGUCGGUCGUGUAGAAACCGGUAUCCUGAAGCCAGGUAUGGUGGUCGUGUUUGCUCCGGUCAACAUCACCACUGAAGUCAAGUCGGUCGAAAUGCACCACGAAGCGCUGCAGGAGGCCCUCCCCGGCGACAACGUGGGCUUCAACGUCAAGAACGUUUCGGUCAAGGAGUUGCGUCGUGGCUAUGUUGCUGGCGACUCCAAGGCCAGCCCGCCGAAGGGUGCCGCUGACUUUACUGCUCAGGUCAUUGUCCUGAACCACCCGGGCCAGAUUGCCAACGGUUACACCCCGGUGCUGGAUUGCCACACCGCCCACAUUGCGUGCAAGUUCGCCGAAAUCAAGGAGAAGUGCGACCGUCGUUCCGGCAAGGUCACCGAGGAGAAUCCCAAAUCCAUCAAGUCCGGCGAUGCGGCCAUCGUCAAUCUGGUGCCAAGCAAGCCGCUGUGCGUCGAAAGUUUCCAGGAGUUCCCACCGUUGGGACGUUUCGCCGUACGCGACAUGCGUCAGACCGUGGCCGUCGGAGUCAUCAAAUCGGUGAACUUCAAAGAGGCCACCGGUGGUAAAGUAACCAAAGCCGCCGAGAAGGCCCAGAAGAAGAAAUAACUAGAGACACAGGAACACCCGAGCACAGUAGUAGCGGUAAGCAGCAACAACAGCACUUAUUCUACCACUACUACUACAAAAAAUAAACCAAACCAAUUCUCAACAUUAUUAUUAUUGAAUAAUGAUGCCCGAAUGUGGACUUUUAUUGACUGCGCAGUCCGGUCGGCGGUUGCCUUCAAUAGAAAUCAUCCAUUAUUAUUAAAUAAUAAUUUAAGAAAUAAUAUUAAUCGUAAACUACAACUUAAUAUUAAUCGUAAUAAUUUAAAGAAAAACACUGACAAAAAAAUUCAGGCCGGCUGGUGCAUAGAGGAUUUUAUUGGUAACUUUGCUAACACAACAACCACAGCAGAAACAACAACAACACGAUCAUCAUCACCAUUAACCCUAUUGUCUUGCUUCAAUCAGCUGACUUCUAUGUCAUCUCUAUCAUCGGUCCUUGCCUCCUACUCCCCAACCAACAUCAACAGCAACAGCAACAGCAGCAGCGAUGAUCACUACCCAUCUCCAUCGUCAGCAUCAUCUGCAAAGAAGACUAAUUUAUUUUACCACCAUAGAAAAGCAUUUCGAAGGAAAGAAGAUACGGGUGAUCAUUCGGAGCAAUCCAUUGUCGCCAACAUUACCAUUGGGAUCGCCGCCGCCACCACUACUGUCGCGGAGUAUCUUCUUCUCUCCAUCAUUUCCAACGCUCUACUUCUCACACUUACCACCAUCAUCACCACCACUACUACUUCUAGUUUAGUUGGUUCUACUAAUUUCGCGACCAUAUGGUCAUGAUACGCUCGUAAAAAUACCAAAGAUUUUUUGGAAUGAUUUUAACGUUUAAGUCUCACUUUACGUCUUUGUUUAGGCAUGAUAAGUCUAUGUAGUUUUUAAAAAGACAUCAUCUACACACACUAUAUGUUCCAAGUGAUCAUCUGCUCUGAUGAGAUAGAACCGAGUGAGAGAGAGAGA